AUGACUGUGUUUCGUGACCAGUCAGCCCAGCUCGCGGCAUGUGUGUUUGUCCUGACCGUCCCGGCAUACCUGUGCCUGGCUCUCCGGAUCUACAUUCGGCUGUGGCGAAGAACCUGGGGUGCAGAUGAUUGGUGUCUGAUUGUUGCGUCGUUCUUGUUCAUCGGCUGCUGCGUAACCUGCAUCAUCGGGCCCUUGAAGGGCGUCGGCGUCGGUGAUACCCAGCUGCAUAAGGGCGAGGAUGUGACCGGAAUGAUGUGGUGGACGCUGUUCACAGUGUUCUAUUGCAGUGGGAUUAUUCCAACCAAGCUCAGCAUUGGCUUUACCUUGCUGCGCAUUGCCGAGACCAAAGUCGUGUACCGCUGGGCUCUUUACAUUGUCAUGCUAGGGUUCACGAUAGUCUCCAUGGUUGUGUUCCUCUUUGUGAUGCUCCAAUGCCGGCCCUUUGCUGCCAACUGGGACAAGACCAUCCCGGGCAUGUACUGCAUCGACUCCAAGACCACAACCCAGUUCAGCUUCGCCCUGUCCUCGACCAACAUCAUUACCGACUGGAUUAUUGCUGCCCUCCCGCUGCCGCUGCUGUGGAAGACUCAAAUGAACACCAAAACCAAGCUGUCCGUUGGAGGUCUGUUGAGUUUGGGAAUCAUAGCAAGCAUUGCGGCCAUCGUGCGCCUCAAGUAUACCAUUGCUCUGUCAUCCAGCUCAAACUUCCUGCUGGGAAUCAAAAACGUGCAGAUGUGGGCCUAUGUGGAAUUCGGGCUCGGCAUCAUCGUUGCAUCCAUGACGGCUCUGCGCCCGCUCCUCGAGCGGCUAGGCUGGACCCAGAAAUCACACCAGUCCGACACUCCGCUCGAGCAAUGGGCGGCGCGCGAGGACAGCAGGAACAAGCGGCUCAAGCGCUCUCUGUUCUCCAUCACUGCGGCAGAGAAUGACAUGGAGCAUCUCACGCAGCGCAGUGAGGAAAGGCUGUCUGAUACAUUAGAGCAUGGAAAGGGGCCGCAUGCGAGUGAUCAUGAAGGAGACAUUAGCUUGAACAAAGCUUCUGUUCGCUGA